GCGGCAGGAGGUGGGUGGAGUGUUUAAUUUUUUUGAAGUCUCUUCUCUACUCUGUGCCAGACUUAUUCCUUCAUUCCUCUCACACUCUCUUCUCCUCCUCCUCCACCACCCGCGUUUUGGGAAACCAGAAGAGAGCACCCUCGUUUCUCCUCCACCCACGUCGCUGGCCAAGAAACACGAAGGCAGAGUGCAGGCCAUUCACGGCGUCUCCUUUCUCCUCCACCGUGACAUCCACCACGUCGCUGGCAGGGGCAGCAGCGCCACCAUCGGACUGCGAUUGACGAACGAUUUCAACCGCCACGACCACCACGAACACAGCUUCCCAACAGUCACUGUCACCGUGCAAAGUCUCCGUCGCCGUCACAGUGCGAAGUCCCGUCGUCGUCACCCUGCGACGUCGCCGUCGUCGUCACCGUGCGACGUCGCCGCCGUCGUCACCGUGCGACGUCGCCGCCGUCGUCACCGUGCGACGUCGCCGCCGUCGUCACCGUGCGAAGUUGCUGUCCCAUCACCAUGCGAAGCUGUCGUCGCCGUAACCGUGCGAAGUCGCCUCGUCAAGGUCGCGUGUUGUUUCUGUGCUCUUCGUUUGCUAGGUCUCAUUGUGGUACCUUCGUUGUCGAAACAGUCCAUCUCUUAUAUGCUUUCUCCAUUUGAAGGAGUUAAGUGCGAUUGAUGUUGCACGUGUUCCACCAUUCAAUUUCCAAGCAGAGCAAAAUCUUCUAUCUCAGUCAAUUUCCAUUUGUGUCAAAUUUGACCCUUGUUCGCUCCGGACCAGAGACAGCACAAGAAGGGAAGAUCCUUUUGUUUUUGUUUUGCAGAGGUUUUCAUUCUUGGAAAGACUUUUGGAUAGGUAAUAUCCAUCUUCUGUGCAUCCUUCCAAGCAGCCACACAAGAGCAAUGGGAAUAGAGAUUGUGGAGCCUAACACAUGCAUCAGGGGUUGCUGCACCAACCCCUCUAUUCCCCUUCAUCUCCCUCCAGCUUCUUAUACUCUCCUCUCUCCUAUUGCUCGAGGGGCUGAGAGUGUUGUUUAUGAAGGGACUUUGGAUGGCACGAGGGUUGCUGUGAAGAAACCCAUCUUGUCAACUUCAGAAGACAUUAAUAAGUUUCAUAAAGAAUUGCAAUUGCUGUGCAAGUUAGAUCACCCGGGAAUAGCGACAUUGAUUGCGGCGCAUGCAAAACCGCCCAAUUACAUGUUUUUCUUCAAGUUAUAUGAAUCUCGGAAUCUUGCACAGAAGUUGCAUGUAGAAGAGUGGAUACCUACUCUCAAUGAUGCACUUAUGAUGGCAAUGCAAUUAGCCAAGGCUUUGCAAUAUCUGCAUAACCUCGGGAUUGUGCAUAGAGAUGUGAAACCGGCAAAUAUUCUCCUUGACAAAAGUCUUUGUCCACACCUCACAGAUUUUGGUUUGGCAGAAUACAAGAAUGAUCUUAAGGGAGUUUCUGUUCAGAAUUGGAAGUCUUCUGGAAAGCCUACUGGUGGUUUCCACAAAAAGAAUAUGGUUGGAACACUCAUUUACAUGGCACCUGAAAUAUUAAGAAAGGAGUUACAUACAGAAAAAUCUGAUGUAUACAGUUUCGGGAUAUCAAUCAACGAACUCCUUACUGGUGUUGUGCCGUAUACAGAUCUUCGUACAGAAGCUCAAGCUCACACAGUGCUUGAAAUGAACUAUACAGAGCAGCAACUAACAGCAGCUGUUGUUUCUUAUGGAUUACGGCCCGUACUUGCUACUGAGGACUUGGGUAUACCGUCCAGAUUAUUAUCAAUGAUUAACAACUGCUGGGAAGGAAAUCCUAAUAACAGACCCACUUUUGAUGAAAUAGUCAAGGAACUUGAUUUGAUUAUGGAGCACUGCAAAUUAAAGAAGGCAGAAGAUAUUUAUGUCAGACCUGUUAACUUGCAUGUUGAUCAACCUGUGGACAAGACUGAACACCUUCAGGCUUAUCAAGAGAGUUUUAGUUGGUCCACUCGUGGUGAACUUUUGACUGCCUCUAGUGCAAAUAAUUCUGGUUUGAUAACUAGGUGUGAGUUUUAUGACAAGGCUUCUGUAUACCACCCAAUACUGUCUUGGGGAUCUUAUGCUACCUGUGGGAGAAGGGAGACUAUGGAGGAUACACAUUUCAUUCUGCCCCGUAUUUGUGAUGAGAAGGAUGUCUAUGCUUUUGGCAUCUUUGAUGGCCAUAGGGGUGCAGCUGCUGCUGAGUUUUCUUCUAGAGCUGUACCAGCUGUUUUGCAGACUUCAGGUUUUAUGGGCAGUCCUGCUAAUGCACUAGUGGAAGCAUUCAUUAGGACAGAUGCUGCCUUCAGAAAAGAGCUUGAUUCUUAUCGCAAAUCCAACAGAUGUAUCCAGAAGGACUGGCAUCCUGGGUGUACAGCCAUUGCUGCUCUUAUAGUCAGAAACAAGCUAUUUGUUGCUAACGUUGGUGAUUGCAGGGCAAUCAUAUGUCGUGCUGGUAAUCCAAUUUCCUUAAGUAAGGAUCACGUUGCAAGCUGUCCUCAAGAGAGAGAACGUGUUAUUCGUCAAGGGGGGCAUGUACAUUGGCAAGUUGACACUUGGAGGGUUGGUCUUCCUGCACUUCAGGUUACACGUUCUAUUGGCGAUGAUGAUCUGAAGCCUGCUGUCACUGCAGAACCUGAGAUAACUGAAAAUACCUUGUGCCCAGAUGAUGAGUUUCUGGUCAUGGCUAGUGAUGGCCUGUGGGAUGUGAUAAGCAGUACAGAGGUCAUAAAUAUCAUAAAAGAUACUGUUAAAGAGGCUGGAAUGUGUUCUAAGAGGUUGGCUACUGAAGCAGUGGAACGUGGCAGCAAAGAUAACAUAACAGUUAUCGUUGUUUUCUUACGUCCUGUGUCCACAGCAGAGAGAAUUUAUUAGCAAUACCUUCAUUUUGAAUGCUCUGAGACUUGUCACAAAUGGUAUGUGCUUGUGUAUUCAUUCAUUGAACUAAUAAAUACGUGUAUGUGUUCUUCCUUCACCUCCUCCAUUUUGGAUGAUGAUUUAGAACUAUCUUGCCUUUAUGAGUAUGGUUAUGUUUAGAACUCAGUGAUCAUCUAGUCAAGCUGUUCAAACCUAGACAUGACAUCAUCUUAGACUAUCAAACUACUUUUGAAAAGUUUUGUAAUAUAGUUUUGGGACUCAACCUCGAAAUGAUAUUUAAUUGUUUCA